AUGGCAACACCUCGAAUUGCACAUCAGGCAGAUACAAACACCAUCGCACCACCACUGUCCCCUAGAUUUAAGGCUGAUCAAAUGGGACAAUGGUCGAAGAUACUGUUACCACUUGCAAAUGAACUGCCUCAAGAGGUCUUUGAAACACUUCUUGCAGAAGCAAAUGAUCAGGAACGCCGAAAAGACCUCGUUUUGUCAAUGGUUGAGUUUUAUAGCGAAAACGAAAAGAUCACCGAAUUAUUUGAUUAUAUAAUUAAAAGAGAAAUGGUUUCUCAUUUGGAAGAUCCGGAACGAAUUUUUAGCUCAGGAUCGUGUUUUGACAUCAUCAUCAAAGAGUUCCUCAAAAACGAUUUGGACGUUUUGUUGGACGAUAUUGUCACUUUUGUCAUCGCCAAAAUGAAAAAGGACAAACUCAAAUUCUCUAACGAACCAAAGAAAAUAAAUAAAUCAGUCAAAAAAAUAGCUAAACUUUUGGAGCAAAUUAUGCAACAAUUCACAACGUCUAAAAAUUUCACGGCACCGUCGUUAUGUUUUUUGAGGGAACUCCAGAAGGCGGUUAAAUAUGAGUUUCCAAAACUUAAUGACUAUGCGAUUGACCAAAUAUUUUUAGAAUUAAUCACAGGCAAAUUGAGUAGUUUUGGAGAUGUCAAAGGGGCGAGUGAGAAAGAGACGCUUGAAGUUAUAUGCACAAUACUCAAGUGGUUUAUUCACAAAGAAGACACGGAUUAUUCGACUGAUUUAAAAAGUAAAGUAGCCGAGUCUAUCAAACUUGUGGAACACUGGAAAAGUACUCUUAUAUCCAAUGAAUUUGAGAAGGAGGAGUUGGUGAUACAAUGGAAAAUCACUUCUGACGAAUUUCUGUUUGAGUUGAUUCGAUGUGAAAAACUCAUUCGCGAGAAGGCUGACCCAUACACUCAACGACUUCUGGACAUUCAUUUCAACGAUGAAAUUGGUUACCGCAAAGGGUUCAAAUCAUUUGAAAUGGAAAUUAAACGACUCCAAGUCGGUGAGAUGAAUAAUGCAGUGGGCAUUAUGUUAGCAAUGUCCACUAUUAAUAUGAGAAUUAAAGACGUCAAAGAGGAAAUUAGAUACUUGGAGGAAAGACUCGAAAUCAGAGAUGAUAGAGACGACGACCACGCUAAUGGGAUUUUGUCCCCAAGGUACAGAGGCGAAAGAGGUGGGUGUGCGUCAAACACAGAACACAGCUGCGUCACCACAGCUUUCUAA